AUGGCGGGACGUCGGAGCCCGAAAGGUCGCCGCAGUGGCGAUCCUUCGCUCAGCCGCUCCGCAGGCUUUGACGACAUUCCUAGGGAUGACGAGGAUCUCUUCGAAGCCAGCCGAGAUCAGAUUCUUCUGGACGGCCAAGACCGUGGCAUCGACUCGGACGACGACAUGGACGUCGGGCUCAACGAUCGGGAGGUCUUGGGAAUCGAUGAAGCUCGCUCUGAUGAAGACGAGGAUGCCGAUCUGGACGACGAUGAAGAUGCCGAGGCUUACGACGAGGACGAGGCAUAUCCGUCUCAAGGCCGCCGCGGAAUUAAAAAGGCCGACAUCGUGGUCUCGAGCGACGACGACGAUUUAGAUGACGACGAGGAGGACGAUGAAGAUGCAGAGGAUGGACAGGAGCUGCACGAGAACGACCGCGGCUGGGGCGCCAACAAGCGCGCCUACUACAACACAAACGACCUGGACGCCAUGGACUCCGACUCGGACAUCGACGAGGAGCAAGCUCGCGAGCUUGAGCUCAAGGAGGUCAAACGCCUGCAGAAGAAGAGCCGAAGCGCCAUGGACGAUUCGGACUUCGGUCUCGGCGGCGACGACGUGGACAGCGAACUCGUCAAAUCAGCUCAGGACGCUGGCCGGGAGCAGCGAAGGCGCGAGCUCGAUGGCGACGACAGCAUCACCGCAUCCCCUCGCAGCAAGAAAGCUGCUGCCUUUCCGAGCAAGUCCAACGGCGUCACUACACAGGCAAACGACGAGGCGAGUCGUCGGGCACGACUUGCCAAGCUUCAGCAGUCAAGCCCAGAAGCUGUCGCGCUCGCCGGAGAGUACGCCGACAUGCUCGAAGACUUUGGACGCGCCGACGCUCUGCUCAAGAAGAUGAUGGUUGAGCAGCCCAAGAAUGCUUCUCUCGAGGUGAUGCACGUUCAUUACCAGACACUCGCCACCUACAUCACCACCAUGACCUUCUACUUCCACCUGCGCGCCACUGCCGAAUUCGCCAAUGAUCCUGCCAAGCUUCGAGCGCAUCCGGUCAUGCAGCGGAUGAUGUGUCUCAAGCAAGGUCUGAGUGUCAUGGAGGAUCUCGGUCUUACUUUUGAUGGCCAGCGCACGCCAGGCACGAAUGGCGGAUUGUCGUCGGACGAGAUGGACGAGAUGAACAUGCUCAGCCAGGGCAGCGAGGACGAUGACUUGGGCGAUCUGGACGAAGACGAGCUGGCCGAUCUCAUGGCAGACGCCGGCGGAAAAGAAAACGCGGCUCCCGUCAAGGUCGGAAAAAAGAAGAGCAACAAGCAGGAGUACGACGAUAAGGACUACGAAGAGGCGACCUCCAAGCCGAAGCCGAAGAAGAAGGCUGCCGCCGACAAGCCCAAGAAGAAAGCGACCAAGGCUAAGAAGCCAGAGCCUGUUGCACCGCUGGCGGCCGGGCUCGCGGACCUCAACGAUGAGCCCGUGCUCCAAGUCAAGCUUAAGAAGAAGGGCAGCGCCGGCAGCUCUGCCACGAGCAAUCCGUUUGCGGUGUCCGACAACGCCACCAACUUUGACGAUGCGACGUUUGGCGAGAUGUCGGGACUGUCUUCGAUCGAUUCGGCGGAGCGAGCGGCGAGGAAGCGCUCGUUGCAGUUCCAUGCAUCCGCGAUCGAGAGCAAGGCACUGCAGCGCUCCAAGGCUGCCAAGGAGCGUCAGUCGGGUGAUGCAGACAUCCCCUACCGCGAUCGCGAACGAAGCCGAGCCGGCGUCGAAGCGACCAAAGCUGCGCGUGAAGCGAAACUGCAGCAGCAGCUCAACGGUGGCAUGGGCAAGGACGUCGCUCUGGACGGCCAGGAUGGGUGGGGCCAAGCAGACGAGAAGGACUGGCGCGAUGUUAUGGGUCAGUCCUCCGCCUCUUCUUCACGUCUCAGUGGAUCCGCCAACGACGACGAUGGCGACGACGACGCUGCCGACUACUACGAUCUUGUCACGUCCUCUCGCAAGCGCGCCCGUGCCGAAGCCAAGGAAGAGUACGACGAAGCACGUAACGCCGAGCGCUUCGCACUCAUGGAAGACGACGUCUUGGAAGACGGCCAACACCGCGGCAUCAACCGCCAGAUCGAGAAGAACAAGGGCCUCACACCGCAUCGCCCCAAGACGUCGCGCAACCCGCGUGUCAGGAAGAGACUCAAGUACGAGCAGGCCAAAAAGAAGCUCGGCUCGCGCCAGGCCGUGUUCAAGGGCGGUCAGUCGAGCCUCCAGGGUGGAUACGGAGGAGAAGCGUCCGGUAUCUCGACUCACUUGGUCAAGUCGAGGAAGCUUGGUUGA